GCUAAAGCUGCGUUUCAGAAUCCUCACCCUUGCAAUUUCGGUUAUCAUACCAAUAUCUUCAAAGACUUCGAUGGCGGAUGAGGUUGUGUUGUUGGAUUUCUGGCCCAGCCCUUUUGGGGUGAGGCUGAGGAUCGCUCUGGCCGAGAAAGGCAUCAAGUACGAGUACAAGGAAGAGGACCUGGAGAACAAGAGCCCACUCUUGCUGCAGUCGAAUCCGGUUUACAAGCAGAUCCCGGUUCUCAUUCACAACGGCAAAGCGGUCUGCGAGUCCCUUAUUGCGCUUCAGUACAUUGACGAGGUUUGGAACGAUAAGGCUCCACUCUUGCCCUUUGAUCCUUACCUUAGAUCCCAAGCAAAGUUCUGGGCCGACUUCGUGGACAAGAAGAUAUAUGAUUUGGGGAGGAAGGCAUGCACAACUAAAGGAAAAGAACACGAAGCGGCACAGAAGGAAUUCAUGAACUGCAUUAAGUCGCUAGAAGUGGAGCUUGGAGACAAGCCCUUCUUUGGGGGCGAGACCCUCGGGGUCGUGGACGUGUCACUCGUUCCUUUCUUUUCCUGGUUCUCUGUGUAUGAGAAAUUUGGUAACUUCAGUAUAGAGCUGGAGUGCCCAAAGUUCAAUGCAUGGAUUAAAAGGUGUUUGGAGAAGGAGAGUGUGUCCAAGUCCCUUCCAGACCAGGAUAAGAUCUUUGAAAUUUUUGUGGAUAUCAGGAAAAAGCUUGGAAUGGAGUAGGAUGUGAUCUAUCCAUCAAUGGCAAUUUGAUUGUGCUUGAUCUGUUUUUUUCAAAGAUUCAACCUUGUUCUGGGUUGUGUUGUAUUUUUCAAAAAAAUAUAAAGGGGCGCUUGACCAAGCCCAUAGUAAUUGGUACUUUGUUGUGCCUUUGGUCCUGUUUUUUUCUUGUAAU